AUGUCUCCUCUUCAAGAGCUUGAGGGCGGUGAGAGGUUGAAGCAGAAGACCAAGAAGAACAAAAUCGGCCAAGGGCAGGUGGAGGGUCCGGGAAGUGGCACGAGUGGCACGAGUGGCUCAACGGUGGCCUCUCGCUUCCUUGAAGCCUCCAGCUCGAAUUCCAUCGUGCAGGCAGCUCAGUCGGUGCACAUCUACCCAGAGGUGAGUUCAGUGAGGCCAGCCAGAUCCAGAGAAAGCUGGCAACCUCAGGUUCCAUGGCUCCGAGACGAUUUUGAGAAGCCUCGGAACGAAGAUGGGAGGGGAAAGCAGCGGAACGCGAGAAGUACCCGAAAUCAUGAGAGGAAGGAGCAGAAGCACGACACCUGGGUUCAGCAAGAAUGGCAGCACUGGCAGAGCCAGAGUCAGCACAAGGAGUGGCAGAGGCCUCGACCCAGCUACGAGCCGAAGAGGUCCGAGACCAGUUCUCCUCAUUCAGACUGGAGCGGCUAUGUCCAAGUCUCGAGCGAUGGGCUUCUCAAUAUUCGGCUGGCAAGGCUGGGCCUCAAUGUGCAGUCGCUGAAGAGCUUUUGCGCGUGGCUCCCGACGGAGCUGCACCGCCUGAAGCAGGCGAAGGCUCGCAGACUCUACGUCUCUACGGAUGACAUCGUGCUGGCUCAUGAUGUAGACCUCUCACAGAAUGACUUGGACGACGAGGCCAUGCGGAUCCUCCUCUUAACUCUAAAGCAAGCCAGAGUUGUUAUUGGUGUGGCCAAGUUCUACCAGAACAGGUUCGGCUGCCGCAGUGCCAUCCUUUUGUCACAGUGGAUUCGCUCCGCACCGUGGGCACUCUUCGAGCUUCACCUCUCCCACAACAACAUAAAGACGGCAGGAGCCCUGGAGCUCAUCAAGGCCAUCGCCGAAACAAAGAGCUACCCCUCGGCGCGCCCGGGAAGCAAAAACUGGCCCUUGCCGCUUUGGCUGCGAUUGGAGCACAAUGACAUCCCGGAGGCAGACUGUUUUGAACGGAAGGCGGAGCUUUGCCUUCAGGCUGCACGACCAGAAGCGAAAGGAAAGCUAAUUUGUUGGUUUGUACCUAAGAACCUGGUGGGAUGCAGAAGUGACAAUUGCGGCCAUUCCACUGCGGACCAUUGCCCGGUGAUUCACAUUCCGCACUUGCGUCCGGAGACGAGGAAAGGCAACGCUCCUGCACGCAUGGUUCCCGAUGCAAAGAUGGGGAAGCAGCGCCUCACUGAUCCUUCAGCGGGCAAGCUGGGCAAGCAGGUCAUCGCGCAGGUUCCCGGCGCAAAGCUUGAGGAGCCGGACAUCGAUCCCCCAUCACUCGCCAAGGAGGCGGACACAACUGACGCCGUUGUGGAAACCUUGCCCGACAUCUUGCAAGAAGGCUCGCAAGAUACCACCGCGAGCUCCAGUGAGAACGCCGAGCCACCGACCGCUCCUUCCGGGCCGCAGUGUUUCACGACUGGGGAUUUCCGCACGUUGCCCCCAGAUGGAUGGUGCCAGAUCCACUCUGCCUUUAUGCAGAGAUCACCCCCCAGAACCAACCAGCCGGAGAAGCAGAAUCGAAAGAAGCGAAAGAAAAGAGCUUGGCGCCUAAGAUACCUUCUGCACCGCACCGCGCACCACAGCGACAGCGAGAGCAGCUCGUCGAGUUGUGCAAGCAGCAGCACCAGCAGCAACAGCUCCAGCAGCACCGAUGGUGGCGAGAUCGGAAGCUUCAAGCGCCAGAGACAGCAGGUCCAGCAGCAGUGGAAUCUCCUGAAGGGAAGGCCGUCGAACUUCUCGCCACCCUUGGACAGUGCAGAUAGCCUGCAUGGCCCAAAGCCGACGCAGCCGCAGCCGGAGCCGGAGCGGCGCGGGGAGCUGCUGUGGUUCGAUGCACCAAAGAAGUACCGGGCCUUCGCCCUGGCUCCAGCUUUUCUGCACCAAGAGGACAUCGAGGCCAUUGCUGCCGCGGCCAAGCAUGGCUCCGUGAAGGAGAUCAAUGACCGCAAGGGCUACUUGGCCUUCAAGCACAGGGUGUGGCGGUUCGAGCUCCAGCUCCGAUCUCUUUCCCCCGGGCUUUAUGCCCGGCUGAUGGGCCUGAUGCGCAGCGCGGAUGAGGCGCAGUGGCAGCGGCUCUCUGCGAAGUCCAAGAAAGUUUAUCCGGAGGUGGAGUACAUCGAGUACGAUGUGGAGGAGAUGGGGGAGCCUUGCUUCAUCGAGCCCCACGUUGACAACAAGUCAGCCGUGACCCUGGUAGCGAUGCUUUCGGCUCCCGAUGCCUAUGUCGGAGGGCACAGCUGCUUUCGGAGGGCCGCAGGAAGCCGCGGCCACCGCGAGGUCUCGCUUCAGAAAGGGGACGUGGUGCUUUUCCGUGGCGAGAAGCUCGUACACUGGAUAACGCCUGUCACAGCCGGCCGGCGCGUGAUUCUGCAGAUCGAGCUGUCGCGCGUGUGA